CCCCGCCCGCUUCUGCUCGGCGCGGUGAUUCACUCCCUCCUUCGCCUCGGGGGCCCCCUUCUCGGCCAGACGGCGGGCUAGACGGCUGGGUGUGCAGCGUGCUCGAACCCGUGAGCAAGAGAGCAGAGCCUCUGCGUGUCUAGGGACCCCCGUUCACGCCAUGGCGGAUUCCGAGCGCCUGUCGGCCCCCGGCUGCUGGGCCGCCUGCACCAGCUACUGGCGCACCCGAAAGGGACUCCUUCUGUUUGCCGAGAUUAUACUGUGCCUGGUGAUUCUGAUUUGCUUCAGUACAUCGACAUCAGCGUAUUCCUCUCUGUCAGUGAUUGAGAUGGUCCUUGCUGCUGUCUUCUUUGUCAUCUACAUGUGUGAUCUGCAGACCAGGACACCAUUUGUCAACUGGCCCUGGAGUGAUUUCUUCCGAACCCUCAUAGCGGCGAUCCUCUACCUGAUCACCUCCAUUUUUGUCCUCGUUCAGGGAGGAAGCAGCUCCAAAAUCACUGCAGGGGUACUGGGCCUAAUUGCUACACUGCUCUUUGGCUAUGAUGCCUACUUUACCUUCCCUCUUCGACAGCAAAGACAUACAGCAGCCCCCACUGAUCCUACAGAUGGCCCAGUGUAGGUGAAUUCUCAUUUUUCUCUGCACCCUGCAAAUAACUCCUCCAUUGACAAAACUCCUCCCUAUCCCCACAACACUCUCAGCCCCUUAUUGAGGUAAAAGUGCCUUUAUUG